AUGUACGCGCUGGCGCGGUUCGACCCGGCCGAGACGGCCGACGCCGACCUGCUCAUCCUCGACGAGACGGUCAACGACAUUUUUACGAAUAAGGAGGAGAGCCGGAACUAUCACCCAUACGCGCGCAUUCGCGGCGCCGUGGAACUGCUCGUGCGGCGCAUCUUCCAGACGGCCGCAAAGGCGCCGCCGGCGCUCCUCCUCCUCAGCACCAUCGUGGCCGCGCCGCCCACGGACUACAGGUACCAGGACGAUGCCCUCGAGCCCGUCGCGAGGCGCUACGGCCUCCCGCUCGUCAGCUACCGCGACGCCGCCGAUGCGGCCGCCGCGCUCGCAUUCCACGGGGCAUCGACCGGAGGCAACAACCGCAGCACCUUUCUGAUGACGUACGCGUGGCAUCCCGGGGGCGGACCACCGCAUCCCGGGAUGAGCGACCUGAACCACCCCGACUGGUUCGCCCACCUCCUCAUGGCGGACCUAGUCGCGUACGUCGUCGCCGCCGCGAGGAGCGACCCUCGGGUCGACGCCGUGCCCCUCGCCGCCGCGACGCGCGACGCCCUCGCCGCGGCGCCCGCCUUUGGCGCGAAGGGCCUCGUCGACGCCUGCAACGGCGACUACCUCACGCGGCUGCCGACGGCGGACCGGCCCGACUUCUCCCGGGCGCCGCUGGGCACGCCAGGCCCGGGCUGGACCUUCGUCGCCAACGGCUCCAAAAGCGGCUGGGAGUACGACGCCUCGGACGACGUCCGCCGCGGCCUCGCCGAGAUGCCUCGCAUCCGCUUCCCUGUCGCCUUUGGCACACGGCCGGGGCUCGUCCUCUCUGUCAUGAGCUCGUACGCCAACUUCGGCCCCGGCUGCUUCUGGCUCGAGCGCUCCGGCGCCGCCAGCCUCGACGUGGCGACCGCCGCCGUCCACGCCGGCCGCGCCCUACGCGACCACUGCUGGACCGUCAAGACGAAGCCGGGAAGCUACGAAAAGAACGGCGUUCACGAGUUCCUCUGCCACAAGGUCCUCGCGCACUCGAUCACCCUCCCCUUCAUCGUCGACGGCCACUGGGGCGAUCGUGUGAUACGUUACGAGGCCGCUUCGCCGGGACGCUUCUUGAGGAGCGUCGUCGCGGUCGUCGUCGUCGUCGUCGCCGCGGUCGUCGUCGUCGCCGCGGUCGUCGUCGUCGUCGUCGUCGUCGUCGUCGUCCGCCUCCUCCUCCUGUUCCUCCUCCUCAUCCCGUUCCUCCUCCUCCUCCUCCUCGACGUCCUCCGCCUCUGCCUCGUCGGCGCGUCCGUCGGG